AUGUUCAACCAUCCUUUCAACUCAAGAUUUAUUUUCAUCAUCAUUAGUUAAUCGAUUCUGGUGUGAAGUUACUGUACCUAUACUUUGGGGAUUACCUUUUUGUCAAACAGAAUAUACAAAUAAUUCUAGGUUGGAAAAGAAAGCAUUAUGUAUUCGAACUUAUAUAUCUUGUUUGGAUGUUCAAGCUAGAACUUUACUUUCUCAAAAUGGAUUUGAUUUAUCAUCAUCACCACCUCAAGCCACUUUUGAUUAUCCAUCAUUCACUCAUAAAUUUAUAAUUAAUAAUUUAGUUAAUUACAUUUACAUAUAUUCACACCAAAUUGAUGAUCUAUAUGAUUAUUAUGAUAGAAUGUCCAUCCCAAAAUCGAAAAUAUUAUUUUCUGAGAUAUGUAAAUUAAUAAUAAAUCGGUGCGCAUUUUUGGAUGAAUUUAAAUUGGUAGAAGUUCCCAAAAAAUUUUUUGAAAAAUUUCGUAAUUAUAGUGAUUUAAUUGGUUCAAUUCUCCAUUUACCUGGUGCACGAGAAGUAUUUAAGAGUUUAGAAAGUUUCACUUCGAUAAUAAGAAAUUAUGAAAAUUAUGAUCUGAUUUAUCCAUUAUAUGGACUAUUAAAAUUCAUUUGCAAUAAUAUUUUAAAUAUGGAUUUAUCUUUAGUAUCAAUUCCUCAAGCACAAUUAUUAAAAGAACUUAUUAGUGUUCAAAAACGUUUAGAAAAUCUAUCAAUUGUAAUUGUUGAUGUUAGUCUUUUUCAAUUUCAACUACCUAAUUUAUUUUGGGUAAUCGUUAGUAAAAAUCAAACAUUAAAGAGUCUUCAUUUAAAAUCAGUAUUAUUUGAUUUUGAGAGGGAAUCAUUAGAAAUUGUAACUGGACAAUUUAUUUUACUUCAAGAACUCUACAUUGAUGAUUGUUAUGGUUUAGAUAAUUUCCAAUGUCUAUCAUUGGCUUCAUCAUUUACUCAAUUAACAAUUUUCCAUUAUAUUCAUUCACACAAAAAUUAUGCUCAAUCAUUUAUUAUAAAAAUUCUUGAAAUGGCUAACACAAAUUUAAGAAAUAUUUAUUUAAAAUUGCAAACCAUAAUUUCAAAAGAUAUAUUAUCAGCAAUUUUCAAUUUUUCAACAAAGGUUAUCAAAUUAACUUUAUAUAAUUUGCGGAAAAAUUAUUAUGCAGAUAAAUUAUUAAAACAAAUGGCUAGAAAUUUACCACAUUCACUUGAAACUAUUAUGAUUAAAAUAGAUCAUAAAGAUCCAUGGGAAUUUAGUGCUGAUAGUUUAAGGAAGCUUUUUGAAGAAUUAUAUUAUAAUGAAAGGGGAGGAAAUAAAAAGAUUAUUAUAAAAUGUGAAGAAGGAGCACUUAUAUUAAGUAAUGAUCAUUAUGAAGUUCUUGAAGAAUAUGAAAAUUGUGGAGUGGAGUUCAAUUUGAUAUGGAUCUAG